AUGAGUAAUAAAAGGGGUUUUGAAGAUAUAUCAACGAUUAGUGUUGAUAAAAUAAAUGAUACCGAGAAUGAUGAAACACAAUUAGAUGAAAUAGAUGCCCUUCUUGAAGCUUGUGAAUCUAAUAAUCUUAAUGGUGAUACUAUUAUUGUACCUAAAAAAGUCAAAAAAUCUGAUACUAAUUUUAGUGAAUUUAAAGAAAGAAGUAUAGAUAAUGAACUUUUUGAAAAUUUAGAAAUUCCAAAUUCACCACAUAUUAAAAUUAUCACAUUAGAAAAUCAACAAAAUUGUACUCAUGAAAUUGCUAUUCCCGAUAUUUGUGAAUAUAAACCAUUGUCAUUACCAACAAGAAAACCGGCUAAAGAUUAUCCAUUUAAACUUGACUCUUUUCAAAGAGAAGCUGUAUUAUGUAUUGAAAAUAAUCAAUCAGUUUUAGUAUCUGCUCAUACUUCAGCAGGUAAAACUGUUGUAGCUUUGUAUGCUAUUGCUGUAUGUCUUCGUGAAAAACAAAGAGUUAUCUAUACAUCUCCGAUCAAAGCACUUUCAAAUCAAAAGUAUCGUGAACUUCAAGAAGAAUUUAGUGAUGUUGGUUUGAUGACAGGUGAUGUAACAUUAAAUCCUGAUGCAUCAAUACUUGUAAUGACCACAGAAAUUUUAAGAAGUAUGUUAUAUCGUGGUUCAGAAAUUCUUGCUGAAGUUGGAUGGGUAAUUUUUGAUGAAAUACAUUAUAUGAGAGAUGGUGAGAGGGGUGUUGUAUGGGAAGAGACAAUCAUUUUAUUACCUGAUAAUAUACAUUAUGUAUUCUUGUCGGCUACUAUUCCAAAUGCCAGACAAUUUGCUGAAUGGGUAGCAUACUUACAUAAACAACCAUGUCAUGUAAUUUAUACUGAUUAUAGACCAACACCAUUACAACAUUUUAUUUAUCCUUGUGGAGGAAAUGGAUUAUUUGAAGUAGUUACAACAACAGGAGAAUUUAGAGAAGAUAAAUUUAAUUCAGCAAUAUCUAUUCUUGAAACAGCUGGUGAUGCAGCAAAAGAAAUUAAUGAAAGAGGUAGAAAAGGUGGUGUUAAGGGUGAUAGUAAUGUAUGUAAAAUUAUUAGAACUAUUCUGGAUAGAGAUAUGCUUCCUGUUAUUGUUUUUAGUUUUAGUAGAAAAGAAUGUGAAUCAUAUGCUACAACAUUAAAAGAUAUGGAUUUUAACAAUGAAAAAGAUAAAAAAGUUGUACAGGAAAUUUUUAAUAAUGCUAUUGGAUUAUUAUCAGAAGCAGAUAGACAAUUACCACAAAUUGGACAAGUUUUACCAUUUAUUUUAAGAGGUAUUGGUAUACAUCAUUCAGGUUUACUACCAAUUAUUAAAGAAACUGUAGAAAUUCUUUUUGGUGAGGGUUUAAUUCGUGUACUUUUUGCUACUGAAACAUUUGCAAUGGGUUUAAACAUGCCUGCUCGAACAGUUUUAUUUACAGCUGCAAGGAAAUUUGAUGGUAAAGAUAAUAGAUGGAUUACCUCAGGAGAGUAUAUUCAAAUGGCUGGUAGAGCAGGAAGAAGGGGGAAAGAUGAUCGUGGUAUGGUAAUAGUUAUGAUUGAUCAACAGAUAAAAGCUGAUAACUUGAAACAAAUGAUUAAAGGAAAAACAGAUAGUAUGGAUUCAGCUUUUCGUUUAACAUAUAAUAUGGUUCUUAAUCUUCUUAGAGUUGAUGGUAUUAAUCCAGAAUUUAUGCUUGAAAAGUCUUUUCAUCAAUUUCAAAAUUAUGCAAAUAUUCCUAAUUAUUUACAAGAUGCUAAAAAAAAACAAGCAAUUGUUGAAGAAAUUAAAGUUGAUCAUGAAGAGGAUAUUCAAAGUUAUUUUGAAAUUACUGCAAAAAUUAAACAACUAGAAAAGGAUGUUGCUGAAGAGAUACGUAAACCUAAAAAUAUUGUACCAUUUCUUGCUACUGGAAGACUUGUUAAAAUGAAAGUUGAAAAAGAAGAUUUUGGAUGGGGAGUAAUUUUAGAUUGGAAAAAAACACAAAAAUCUGCUGAUAGUUUAGAUCCUGAAAUAAUUUAUGUUAUUACUGUUGGGAUGUUUGUUUGUUCUAGAACAGAACAUGAAAGAAAUGUUAAUAAUCUUCUUCCACCAACGGAUCCUUCUAUGUCAGUAAUGAUUUCUGUUGAUACUACACUAGACUGCAUUGAAUCUAUAAGUUCUAUAAGAUUGAAAAUUCCAGAAAAUAAUAAAGAAUCUAAUGAUUAUUUAAAAACAAUUGGAAAGUUACUUGUUGUUGCAUUAAAAAGAUUUAAUGGUAAACCAAAAUUACUUGAUCCAAUAAAUGAGAUGAAUAUUAAAUGUCCACAAUUUGCUUCUAAUUUAGAAAAUUUAAAGGCAUAUACUCAUCUUAGAGAUAAUCAUAAAGUUAAGAAGUUAUCUAAUUUUGAUGAAUUAUUUAAACAAUAUCAAAUAAAGGCAAAAGCUAUUGAAGAUGCCAAAGAAGCAUUAGAUAAAUUUAAAAAAGCUAAAUCUUUAUUACUUGAAGAAGAGUUAAAAAAAAGGAUAGAGGUACUUUAUCAAAUGAAAUUUUGUAAAGAAGAUGGUGUUUUAACACAAAAAGGACGUGUUGCUUGUGAAAUAUCGGCUGCUGAUGAAUUAGUAUUAACUGAAAUGAUUUUUGGAGGUGUUUUUACUGAAUUAGAUUAUAAACAAAUUGCUGCCUUAUUAUCUUGCUUUGUUUUUCAAGAAAAUGCUGGUCAAAGUAAAUUACAAGAAGAGUUAUCAGGGUGCCUUAAAACAAUGCAAGAAUAUGCCAAAAGAAUAUAUUAUAUUGAAAGAGAUGUAGGUAUUGAAAAAGAUCUCUCUGAGUAUAUAAAAUCUUUUAAACCACAACUUAUGGAUGUUGUUCAUGCUUGGGCUAGUGGUAUAACAUUUCCCGAAUUAUUAAAAAAAACAACCGUUUUUGAAGGAUCUAUAAUAAGAUGUAUGAGAAGAUUAGAAGAAUUACUAAGACAGAUGACUUGUGCAGCAGGUAGUAUGGGAGAUAAGACAUUAUCUGAUAAAUUUGAACAAGCUAGAGCAGCCAUAAAAAGGGAUAUUGUAUUUGCAGCAUCUUUAUAUCUUUAA